AUGUCUAGCUACCCUAACACUACAGAGUACCGUUCAGAUCGUCGCGCAUCGAUUUCCCCACGAUCAAAGUCAAUAGAGCGCGCCGAAGACCCUCCCGACGACGAGCUCCCCGAGCAACAGCACCCUGGCGAUGCGCCAGAAGACGAGGAUGAGGACGACAUACCCUACCCUGAGCCUAGUGACGAGCAACCGCUGCUACCACCGCCGAAUUUCCGACCCUUCUUCACCCUGAUCGAAGACACGACGUCGGGCGAGCACUACCACCCGUAUACACACUAUGUCUUUGCCGACGACGACCCGACCAUCAUAACUGCUGCAUCGAUGCGAGGCCUGGGGCUGGAUGAUACAAAGUACCUCCCGCAUGAUGCACCGGGUGGAGGGGAGAGACGACGCAAUCAAGGGAGCGAAGAAGGGGACGAACAAGACUCACCAGUCGAGUCACCGCUGCCCCCGCCCAUACCGGGCGUCAAGGAGCAUUACCUCAUAAUCGAUGUCGGCGCAGACGGGCGUACAGUCGUAGAUGCGCAGUCGCUUUCGUCAGAGUGGCAAAUCACCGAUACGGAUGUACGGAUAGCUCCCUCGUUCGAUGAGGACUCGCCGGAUCAAGGAUACAUGCUGCGCAUACAAGGCAUCGACAUACCGAGGAAGAGCAAGGGCAAAGGCAAGGGUGAAGUUGGGCAGGACAGGCUGACUGAGGCGAGAGAACAGCAAGGCGACAUCUUCGACGCGUUGGAUGGGCUAGUGCAGGAUGUUGAAAGAGGACUGGAGACUGCUAGCAAGAUCUCAGGCGCGCGGUCAAGAGAGGAAGACCAGGGCACGUUGACUGAUGUCCGCGAGGGCGAUGUAGAAAAGACGGUGGGUGAUGAAGCAUGA